AAGAAGCGAAAUGAGCGAAAUAUGGUUCAGGCGUGUCGUGCGGCAUCACAAACAAUUCUUUUUCACAAGUCUCGGCCCAAAGAAAAUUCCCCUUCCCAGAAAUUUACUAUGUCUUAAUAUUCAUCGCUGAGCGAAGCUCAGUCCAAGUCAAUGAGGGGUCAGGCGAUGUCUCCGUCGUGAGUCUGUCUGUCUGUCUGUGUUUACGUUCCACUUUUUCUGGAAAACGGCUUGUCCAUGGACGGAAUGUGAGUUUGACUAAACAUCUAUAAUACAAGGAAAAACAAGUGGGAGCUUUUUGUUCGUAACGGUUUGAGUUUAAAUAUUUAACUUUUCAAUUUGAAAAGCAGCGGCUUUUUUUUGUUACGUUGGCUAACCUGAGUGAGGGCCACCCCUGCUCCCAUAGCAUGCCCGAACGCCCGAACGCUGUCUGGAGGGGGAUUACGGAGCUCCCUGACUGCGAUUCGCCUGCGCCUUCUAAUUGCCCCCCUCUACCCCCCUCACCCUGUUUCAGGGCGUUUAGAAGGCGCAGGCGAACCGUAGUGAGGGAGCUCCGUAAUGCCCCUCCUGCGCCACUUCGAGACUUUCUUACUCUCUCACAAGUGAUCAAAAUGUCAGAUUGUCAAACAGAGUGUUAUAUUUUAAGUUUUAGAGUUGCGGAACUCUACCAACGAAGUUUCGCGAGUGUCCGGUGAGAAGAAACGAAAGUGAUAUUUCGAAUGGUUUACGUGUUUACUUACGUCAGUUGGAGGGGGGAAGGGGGUAGUGGUUCGGGAGAAAUGUAAAAAGGUUAGGUCGCGGGACUGCUGACUGAACCCCCGAGCGGAGAUGCCGCCGCUUCCACCCACCCGGUGUCAACCACCACGGGCUUGCAAAGCACCUAGGUACUCCGAGGAGUCCGGCUCAACUCCAGUGGCAGCCGUCGCCGACAUGGAAAGGGAUCAUUACGAGCAGGCGCUGCUGCUGCCCGACCUGCCCGACCUGCCCCUGCUGCAGGUGCUCUCCUACCUGCCCCCCGAGGCCCUGUUCUCGGUGGGCCGCACCUGCCUGCGCUUGGCCGCCCUCACCAGGACGCAGCCGUGGCGGGGCCGUGGCCGGCUCACGCUCAACACCGAGGAAGUGUGGGACCUGCUAAGGGUGGCCGCUCCUCCAGAGGUGGUGUGGAUUGACGAGGACGAGGUUGAUAAGACCUCAAAGAAAUCACAGUUUUCCUUUGGGGGCUCCCUUAUUACGGGCGGGUGUCUCGACAGUGACAGCCGCGUCCACACCAGUUGCCCACCUCGAUUGCUGAUCAUGGAAUUGGUUAGCGUUGCCUCCGAGGAUGCCUUAAUGCGGGAGGUUGCCAAGACGACGAAAGGGGUUGAAUUUAGGCUGAGGAGUGUGGACGCUAUUUUCCGUUCAUUGCAACAUGCGAGCUGGAGCCAGCUGGAGCACCUUACCUUGAGUAGGGUAAACCUGCACGAACAGCUGACUCUGUUGUGGCCGCAGGAUUUGGCGCUGCCGAGGCUGCGCACCGUGACUCUCCAACCACGCUACGGCCGAAUAUCCGACAUAGCUGCGUUGAGACAACCACACCAGCACUUGUUCGUUCUACUCUGUGAGUACUCGCGAAUGCUGCCCCCUCGCAUUACUCUGCGGAGGCUUCUGUUUAACCGAUAUUUAGGGACUGUGGAGCAACGGGCGCAGUGA